GCUUCAAAGUAACUUUCAAAGGUGCAAUGAAUAAAAAGAGCAUCCCAAUGCAUCUGAAAACUCAUUCAUCUCUCCAUUUGUCUUUGUGUUGAUUCUCCUUUUCCGUCUCUCCACUCCUUUAUACUAUCUUAUUGCGAUCGGCACUACUUAUAAGAAGCAAUAAUGCCAUCAGAACAUCCUUCACCAGCCAGCAAACCCACAGUAAUAAUCGUAGGGGCUGGUAUCGCCGGACUCACAUUAGGCAUCCUUCUUGAGAAGGCUGGUGUCCCAUACGAGAUCUAUGACCGCAUGACUGAAGUCAAACCGUUGGGAUCUGCAUUGUCGUUGAUAGCGAAUGUAGCACCGCUGUUUAAACAAAUUGGCAUUUAUGAUGAGCUUGUCAGCCUUGGGAAGCUCUCACAUUUUGUACAUCAUUACAAUGAGGAUCGUGAAUUGGAAUAUUCGAUGGAUUUCAGGGGAGGCGCCAAGAUGGGAGGGUCUCCAGGAUAUAUAAUCUCUCGCUCAGUUUUUUAUGACCUAUUGCUUCGACAGAUCCCGUCAAACAAAAUCUUCCUUGGAAAGAGAGUAUUGUCCAUAAAACAGAGUCCAGUGGAUGGUGUCAAGGUUCAUUUCUCGGAUAAGUCAACUGCAGAAGGCGAUAUCCUUGUUGGGGCCGACGGAGCUUAUAGCGCUGUCCGACAAAGUCUCUAUGACUCACUAAAGAAAGAAGGCCAAUUACCAACUUCAGAUGAUGGGGCUUUACCAUUCAACUGUGUUUGCCUAGUUGGACAGACCAAACCAAUGGACCCCGAAAAAUAUCCGGAAUUAGCUGACCCCAUCUGUCAUUUCCCAAGGGUCUUUGGGGACAACAAGCCAUACUCCUGGGCGUACUUGACAGUAAAAGGUAAUAUCUUUUGUUGGGGCGUAAUCCAGUACCUGGAUAGCGAAAGCUCUAAGAGCCACGACAGUUUCCGAAACUCAGAAUGGGGCCCUGAAGCUGCAAACGCAAUGUGUAAAGAGGUUCGCGACUUUCCAUUGCCUGGAGGCAAAAAUAACGACUUGACUAUCGGAGACCUCAUCGACAACACACCGCUUGUCUCCAAGGUCAUGCUUGAGGAGAAAGUGUUUGAUACAUGGUAUUCCGGGCGGACGGUUCUGAUUGGGGAUGCUUGUCACAAGAUCCACCCAACUGGUGGCACUGGGGCUAUCAAUGCAAUCCAGGAUGCAGUGGCACUGGCAAACUGGAUUAGUGUACUAGAUUCAACAGCGGUCAAAGAAAUGACAAAAGCCUUCAAAGAGUAUAAAGCAGAGCGUUACCCAGUUGCUAAGGCUAGUUUUGCGCAAGCACGAGCACUAUCCAGAGUGACAGAAAGGGGUUUAGUCGCAAGGAUUACUCGCUACGUCAGCAAAAAUAUGCCGGCCUGGCUCUGGAACAUUUUGAUUAGGAGCAUGAUAGAAUCGCGUCCUCAAGUGUCAUUCUUGCCACUUGUAGAGGACGAAGGAACUGUGCCACCAAAGUAUCAACCAAGCCUUCAAAAGACAUUAGCAAUCAGAAAGGCGAGAGAAGCUGCGGAAGGAAAAAUGUCAACCACAGUUACAGCGAAGUAAUAGAAAAAUCUUACAUACACAAAAUGAGGAAGAUGGUAUAAAGACUAAAAGUAAAGAAAGAGGAAAUGAUGUGUCUCUCUCAAGGAUAUAACAG